AUGUCUGAAAAGAUGUCGAAGCCAAUCAAUUCGGAAGAAGCGUUCGAACGAUUCUUCAGAUCUUUAAAGAUCUUGAAUCGACCUCCUCGACUCUCCAACUUGCCCAACGUAGUGAUUAAGAAAAUUAUUAAAAAGUGUGAGCUGAGAGAUUUAUUGGCUCUCCGAAACGUGUCGAAACAUUUCCGUAAUGUUGUGGACGCUCGAGUCAAAUAUAACGGGAUAAAAGUCAGUUGUCGACGUGAUCAUGUCCUUAUUGAGCUUCGAUAUCGAGGAGGAUUUUCAAGAUAUGUAGUGUAUGCCGGUGUUGAUUGGAAUUCGGAGGUUGUGUUCUCGAAUAUUGCUUAUAAAUCGGAAUACACACCAGAUAGAACAGUUGCGAUAUCAGUCGGGAAGGAAUGCGAAGUGAUCAAGUCGGAGGAUUAUGAGAAAAUGGCAUUCUUCGAUUUGGCUAUCGUGUUGAAAAACCCAAAAAUAGAAGUGGGAUGCUUCACUUUCGAAUACUAUGUCGAGAAGGCGAAUAUGCCAAUAACAGUUCAAGAUGCAGAAUCAAGCAAGAGAUUCUAUGAAAAGAUGAGAACUCUCCUCAGCUCAUUGAAUCAUAAACUACUCGUAAGCAAAGUGAAAUUAGUCGUAGAAGAUCCUGAUGGCGUUUUGGCGAUUCUUCCUUAUGUGGUGCCCGUUUUUCUUCAAGAAAUCGAAAUUAAUUCGGAGGUAUCGACCAACAGUUGGCAAAACCAAGUUAAAAUUGAGAGAAUAGUGAAUUUGGAGCAGUGGAUGAAAGUAAAAGAUAUUCUAAAAACAAAGAAUACUUUCGAGUUCUUCCCAAUGGAGCACCUCGUGCAUUUCGAACGUUUCAGAAUUUAUCAAUCAUUCAGUUGCCCGCGUACGAAUACGGGGUGA